GGUAUAAAAAAAAGGCUCUCUUCGAUGCCACCUCCCACGCUUCUCUACUAUCUUCCCAUGGCGCCCUCCAUCUCCCUGUUCAAAUCACGUGACGUUGCCGUCAUCGGGGCUGGCGCUGCCGGUUUAGUCGCCGCCCGUGAGCUCCGCCGUGAAGGCCACAAGGUCGUUGUCUUCGAGCGGGAACGCCAAGUGGGUGGGACCUGGGUCUACACGCCCACAGUGGAGACGGAUCCACUUGGCUCCGACCCGUCUCGACACAUAGUCCACUCCAGCCUCUACGCCUCCCUCCGCACCAACCUCCCUAGAGAGGUCAUGGGUUUUCUGGACUACCCCUUCGUAUCCACUGGUGAACCUCAUAGGGACCCCAGAAGGUUUCCGGGUCACCGAGAGGUCUCGCUUUAUCUCAAGGAUUUUGCGGUUGGGUUUGGACUCAAUGAAUUAAUCCGCUUCGAGACGGAGGUGGUUUAUGCUGGUUUGGUUGAGGAUGAGAAGUGGGGAGUGAAGUCUAGAAGCGGAAACGAUGCGGCAAUUGAUGUGGAGGAGAUUUUUGAUGCUGUGGUUGUUUGCAAUGGCCAUUACACAGAGCCCCGUCUUGCAGAAAUUCCUGGCAUUGAUGCAUGGCCAGGAAAGCAUAUGCAUAGUCACAAUUAUCGUAUUCCUGAGCCCUUUCGAGAUCAGGUUGUAGUUUUGAUAGGGGGUGCUGCAAGUGCUGUUGACAUCUCUAUGGACAUUGCUCAAGUUGCUAAAGCAGUUCAUAUUGCAUCUAGAUCAGUUGAGGCUGGAAUCUUGAAAAAGUUAUCUGGCAAUGCCAUUGAUAACAUGUGGCUUCAUCCUAUGAUAGAAAGUGUCCAGAAAGAUGGUACUGUGAUAUUUUAUGAUGGGAGUGUGGUUCUUGCUGAUGUAAUUCUGCACUGCACGGGAUACAAGUAUCAUUUCCCUUUUCUUGACACCAGUGGAAUUGUCACUGUGGAUGACAAUCGUGUGGGACCUCUAUACAAGCAUAUUUUUCCACCACAUUUGGCUCCAGGGCUUUCCUUUGUUGGUUUGCUAUGGAAGGUCCUCCCUUUCCCCAUGUUUGAAUUCCAAAGCAAAUGGAUAGCAGGUGCUCUCUCAGGUCGGAUUGGACUCCCAUCGCAGGAGGAGAUGAUGGCAGAUGUUUCAGCCUUUUAUUUGUCACUAGAAGCUUCUGACACACCAAAGCACUACACUCACAACUUGGCUGAUUCUCAGUUUGAGUAUGAUGAUUGGCUUGCCUUGGAAUGCGGGAUUCCAGGCGUUGAAGAAUGGAGAAAGAAAAUGUAUGAAGCAACUGCCAAGAACAGGAAGGUCCGACCAGACAAAUACCGCGACGAAUGGGAAGAUGAAGACUUAAUGUUGGAAGCUCAGAAGGACUUCGCUAGAUGCCGCCCGAAUGGGGCUGGUGACAAUUGAAACCAACCUCCCCUACAAAAUAAGCAAUGAAAAAAAAAAAAAAAAAAAGCCCGAUAAGGAUGAAUAUGGAUAUCGUCUUGGUUGAUUCAUUCAUUGUUCUUCUCUUGAGACUUGAGGUAUAUUAAUUGAAUAAUCAGCCAUAGCGUAGAUAUAUAUAUAUCGAUUGUCUUGAUCGCUCGAUGUAAUUGAACGUAUUGAAUUUGAAAACUCAUGAUUCAUAUUUAAAAUAAAAGAAAAGGCACAUGGUCUGGGACGUCGGCCUCCUAUUAAAACCA